AUCUGCCAUUUCCUGUAAUUGAUCAGAUAUGUUCUCAGUACUCCCAUCAUUGCUGUAUUUCAAAUCAUGAAUGUCAGAACUAACGGGUCUCUGCUCAUCCACUGCUGGAUCACAGCAGUACUGAUCCUCCUGCUCCUUGGCUCUGGUAAGAGACCCACCUUCCAAAUGGAAAAAUGAUUAGACGUCCUGGUCUGUGAUGGUUAACAGUUUAUUUGUGUAGGUGCAUUUGCAGACAGCCAGGUGAGAACGUCUGGUAACAUCACAGCAAAGAUUGGUGAGGCGGUAGCCAUGUCUUGUAAGGAACCUGAAGGCGAGACGGUGACUCAGGUUGAAUGGAGGUUUGGAGGCUGCAACGGGCAGAAGAUUCUGGUUUAUAACACCGAAAACCCAGUUGCCCCUGAGAAGGACUAUAUCAACCGUGUCUCUGACGUGACAAGUAAUGGAUACACGUUAUUAAAGGCACAGAACAAGGAUGCUGGUACAUACUGCUGUUCUCUGUCCACCUUCCCCUCUGGGACUAAGACGGGCCUAAUUUAUUUGAAUUUCAGGAAGAACAAACCAGACAGUGAAACUCCUCUCGUAAACAUUGUGUACAUUGUGUGUGGGAUUCUGGGAGUACUGACGCUGGGAGGGUUAAUAACAGGACUACUGCUCUGUAAGAGUUGUAGAACAUCAGUCCAGGACCCGGUCCACGUGGCAGUUCAUCCAGGCAGGCAUCCACACCACCCUCCCUCCAUCCUCCAGAGAAGCCAGGCCCAUCGUGCCCCACCAUCAAAGAGGAUCAGUGAGGUUGAGGACGUGGAGGAGGACGACAGCAUGGACUACUUGAAUGUCACACCUUUUCGACUCCCCAGAAUUCCAUCAACUGCCUCCUCUGCAUCAAGAAGUUAAUAGAUAGAACAGACUCUACCCUAAUACACACGAAAUGUCAUGAAGACAAAGAUUAAAUAAUACACACACAAAUCAAAUACAAAGACAAAUACACUCUCAUAUACUGAAUUUAAUUCACCCAGACUUUAUCAUACACUGAAUAUAAUACACACAGACUUUAUCAUACACUGAAUAUAAUACACACAGACUUAAUCAUACACUGAAUAUAAUACACACAGACUUAAUCAUACACUGAAUAUAAUACACCCAGACUUAAUCAUACACUGAAUAUAAUACACCCAGACUUAAUCAUACACUGAAUAUAAUACACACAGACUUAAUCAUACACUGAAUAUAAUACACACAGUCUUUAUCAUACACUGAAUACACACAAACUUAAUGCCUUAACGCAUUAUAGGCUACUGUUAGAAUGUCAAUAAGCGGUCUUAAAAAACAGCUGUGGAAUCGCAACGCUAUAGUAGAGCACUGGGCUGGCUGUCCAACUAAUUGUUGCUAGCUUCGAACAGCAACAUUUGGGUCAUAUCUUUGCAGAUGCUACAUUUCUGAAAACAGUUUGUACAUAGAAAAAAGAUUCAUAAACAAAUUAAGGGAGAAGUGGAGCAAUAAUUGAAUGUGUAAAAAGGAAUGAAAGGGUGUUUGUACAUUCAUAAAUCUUAUUUCACGCUUACAUUUUAUUUUGUAUAUAUUACUUUUUAUACAAUCAUACCAAUUUACGUAUGGAUUUUCUUGCGAUCCUAACAAUAUGAGCUGGAAGGACGCGCUGUCUUCAGAGCUGACUGAAUAGCGGAGGAUUCCCGUAAGACCAGAGGAGGUGGCCUGUUCAUUUAUGUAAACAAAGCAUGGUGUACAGACACUAACAUAAUCAGGAGUCACUGCUCAACCAAUCUGGAGGACCUGAUGCAGGCCUUUCUACUUGCCUCAGGAGUUGACAUCUAUUGUUGUUACUGCAGCCUACAUACCACCGGAUGCUAAUGCUAAACUGGCAAUGGAAGAGCUGCAGGCUGCCCUGUUGGAUGGAGCCUUUAAUGUAGCAGGCAAUUUCAAUCACUCAAAUCUGGAAACAGUUUUUCCCAGAUUCCUUUAAAAUGUCUUCUGCCCCACCAGAGGAGACAAUAUGCUGGAUCAGGUGUACACAAACAUUCCAGAGGCCCCCAUUCCCCUUCCCAACAUGGGUCAGUCUGACAACCUCUCAUUGUUCCUAAUUCCCAAGUAUUUAACUCAUUAAACUGGCGAAACCAUCAGUGAGGUCAGUCAAAGUGUGGCAAAGAGGGAGCAGACACUACUUUUCAAGCAUACAGACUCUUCAUGCUGUACCCUGGCAGUGUAUCCUCCAGGGUAGUGACAGGCUCUAGGAGAGGAGAUGACCCAAGACUUCUACACCAGUUUCAACACACAGACUGGAGAUUGUUUGCCACUCAAGCCACCCUUGACUCCCAUACGGACAUUGAAACAUAUGCUUCCUCCAUUCUGGAUUGCAUCAACACCUGCACCAAUGACGUCACCACCCAUGAACUAAUAAAGACCUUCCCCAACCAAAAGCCAUGGAUGAACAGUGAGGUUCAACAACUGCUAAAGGCACGCAACGCUGCGGCUAAAAAUGACCACAAACUGUGGAUUGAGGAGCACUUCAACAAGAACUCUGAUCCCUGACGAAUGUGGCAGGGCGUCCAAGCCAUCAGACUAGGGGCCAAAGAACCCCACCCCCACAGCCAGCGAUGUCUCCAUGACCAACGAGUUAAACAGGUUCUACACUCGCUUCGACAGGUAUAACAAAGAGCUAGCCAUUAAAGCUGAAUGGACAUGCUACCUGGACAUGCUACCUUACUCCUUCAAUUUGCCUCAAUUGUAAAUUCAGAAUGCCAUUGAGAAUUGUCAAUUGUACUUGAACCAAUAUUUAUCCCACUUGUACAUACAUUAUACUUAAUAAUUGUCUGCCCUCCUCUAUUUGCAAUUCAGG